AUGUCCGCAGGGCCCCAGAGCGAAGAGCAGCCGCUACACCACAGGAGCUGGGGGAAACAGAGACGCCCCAAUUAUUCCCUGCCUGAUUCUGGGGCAAGGAGAACCCAGACGUGGAUGGUGAAGAUGGAGUGUCUCAGACCAGUCUUUGUCCUGCUGCUGGCUGGGAUCUUCAUGAAAGGCCCUCAGGUCCAAUGUUUCUCCCUCCGCAAGAGAGACCUCUUCUCCGUCAGAGAGUCAUCCCUGGACAUGGCCCUCAGCUCCUUUGAUGACCAGUACAAGGACUGCGCCAGCAUGAUGGAGGCCGAGCUGGGGGAGCUGAACCGCACCGAGUUGGCCAACAACCGAAACUACGCCGAGACCUGGCUGGAGGCAGCCUCCAGCUGGAAAGAGAUGAAGGACAGGAGCUACAUGCCGCGGGACUUCAAGCCCGAGUACGCCAUCGCCAUCUUGGCCUACACCAGCCAAGGCCCUCUGCACAAGCAGCCCCUUCACCAGGAGUUCAACGCAGCCGUGAGAGAGGCAGGCCGCACCCGGGACUUUUACCUCAACAACUUCAACUUCAAGACCCUGCACUUCCUCCUGACCAGAGCUCUUCACGUCCUGAAGGCCUCCGAGCCCACGAAGUGCCACCAGGUGUACCGCGGAGUCCGGGGCAUCCGCUUCAAAACCGAGAGUCGCAAGCCCGUCCGGUUUGGCCACUUCACGUCCACGUCCCUGAAGAAUGAGAGCGCCCUGAAUUUCGGGCAGGACACGUUCUUCUCCAUAAAGACCUGCUACGGGGUCAACAUCAAGAACUUCUCCUUCUUCCCUGGCGAGGACGAAGUGCUGAUCCCCCCCUUCGAGAAAUUCAAGGUCACCAACUUCACCAGGGCUCAGGACAGAACCUUGAUCCAGCUCCUGUCCCUGGACAGCUACAGCAACCACAACUGCGAGUAUGUGAAAGAGAAAAGAUGCAAGACCCGGAGAUGCAUUUUCAGCUCCGGAAUGAGCAGUUUCUCCUCUGGAGUAGAGUGCCUGUACCUCCUCAGUGGAGUUCUUCUGGUGGCAAGCGCUUUGGGAACACCCGACUUCCUUUGACAUCCUACUCAGCAUGCUCGCUCUCUCCCAGAGCUGUCAUUAAAACUCGGUAGAAAUUUCUUCGAGGAAAAAGGACAUGAAGAAAGAAACCCUGGAUCCCAUCUGCUGGUGUCUCAGGCCCGAGGAGACCAUUGUGAUCAUCUGCCCUGACCUCCUGCAUCUCGCAGGCCCUAGAACUGCCCGGGAUUAAUUCCUGUUUGAACCAGAGCAGAUCUUUGAGGAAAAACCUCCCAUCUUGACUGAAACGGGGCAAGUGAUGGAGAUACACCUGAUCCUUGCUAAAUUGUUCAAUUACCCUCAGUGUUAAAAAUUUCCACUUAGUCUGUAGUCCCAAUUUGUCUACCUUCAACGCCCAGCCAUCGAGUCUUGUUCGACCUUUGCCUGCUAGUUUUAAGAGCCCGCUCUAAUCCAGUUUCUGUUCCCCGUUAUAAGUGCUGAUAGAAUGCAAUCAUGUCACUCCAGAACCGUCUCCUCAUUACAAGACUGAGCUCAUUGAGUUCCUGGGGCAGCCUUGCAUUGGUCCCCCGAGAAAGUUCUGUCUCCUGCAUGGAGGAGCUUUCCCCCUGCUGUCGAGAGUCCCAUUGUGCCACUUAUUACUGUUUAAUUUAUCAAUUUGUUCCAAAAACUCCUCUAUUGACACCUCCAUCUGGGACAGUUCCUUGGAUUUGUCACCUAAAAGAAUGGCUCAGGUUUGGGAAUCUCCCUUCCACCCUCAGCGUGAAGACCGAUGCAAAGAAUUCAUUUAAUUUCUCUGCAAUGGCCUUAUGGUCCUUGAGCACCUCGAUCGUCCAGUGGCCCCCUGGUUUUUUAGCCUGCUUCUGAUUUACCUAAAAAAAAUAGCUAUUACUUUUUCAGUCUUUGGCUAGCUAUUCUUCAAAUUCUUUUUUGGCCUUCCUAAUUAUAUUUGUACACUAUCUUUGCCAGAGUUUAUGCUCCUUUCUAUUUUCCUCAACAGGAUUUAACUUCCGCUUUUUAAAGGAUGUCUUUUUGCCGCUCACUGCUUCUUUUACUUGGUUGUUUAGCCAGGGUGGCACUUCUUUGGUUCUCUCACUAUGUUUUUUAAUUUGGGGGUAUACAUUUAAGUUGAGCCUCCAUUAUGGUGUCUUUAAAAAGUUUCCAUGCAGCUUGCAGGGAUUUCACUUUUGGCCCUGCACCUUUUAAUUUCUGUUUAACUAACUUCCUCAUUUUUGUAUAGUUCCCCUUUGUGAAAUUAAAUGCUACUGUGUUUGGGCUGCUGUGGUGUUUUCCCCACCACAGGGAUGUUAAAUUUAAGUAUAUUAUGGUCACUAUUACCAAGUGGUCCAGCUAUAGUCACUUCUUGGACCAGAUCCUGUGCUCCACUUAGGACUAAAUCAAGAAUUGUCUCUUCUCUGGUGGGUUCCAGGACUAGCUGCUCCAAGAAGCCGUCAUUUAAGGCGUCAAGAAACUUUAUCUCUGUAUCCUGUCCUGAGGUGACAUGUACCCAGUCAAUUUAGGGAUAGUUGAAAUCCCCGAUUUUUAUUGAGUUUUUUAUUUUUAUAGGCUCUCCAAUCUCCCUGAGCAUUUUACAGUCACUAUCACCAUGCUGGUCAGAUGGUUGGUAGUAUACCCCCACUGCUCUAUUCUUAUUAUUCAAGCAUGGAAUUACUAUCCAUAGAGAUUCUAUGGCACAGUUUGGUUCAUUUAAGUUUUUUACUUCAUUUGGUUCUAUGCUUUCUUUCCCAUAUAGUGCCACUCCCCCACCAGCACGACCUGUUCUGUCCUGAUAGAUUUUGUACCCUGGUAUUACUGCGUCCCAUUGAUUAUCUUCAUUCCACCAAGUUUCUGUGAUGCCUAUUACACUUCUACCUCGAUAUAACGCUGUCCUCGGGAGCCAAAAAAUCUUAGCACGUUAUAGGUGAAACCGCGUUAUAUCAAACUUGCUUUGAUCCACCAGAGUGUGCAGCCCUGCCCCCCUGGAGCACUGCUUUACCGCGUUAUAUCCGAAUUCGGGUUAUAUCGGGUCACGUUAUAUCAGGGUAGAGGUGUAUAUCAAUAUCAAUAUAUUUAAUAUGAGGCACUCUAGUUCGCCCAUAUUAUUUAGACGUCCAGGCCUGAGAGAGACACGGGAGACCCAGAUCCAAAAUCUCUUUUCUACCUGAUUUGGAGCAGGGAUUUAAACACUGAUCUCCUACAUCUCACGCGAGUGCCUUGAGCACCAGGCAAAUGGCGAUUUUGGAUGGGGCUCUCAGUCUCUCUGGCUGGAGCUGUUCCACUUUGUGCAAUGAACUUUAUCUUUUAUUUUUGUUUCUUACAUAACCAACUCUGAUCUCUACUCCUGCUACUUAUAAUCACUUCAAAUCGAUCUUUCUGUAGUUAAUAAAUUUGUUUUAUACUUUA